AUGAAAGCGCAGCUAAUCUCCACACCACACAACAUCAUGAGAAACGCGUUCCGAUCCGUCAGCAAACCCGCCUUCCUCUACAACCCGCUCAAUAAAGUCAUCGACUGGGACAGAAGAGCCGUCAAAGCGCCAGAAGAGCCUCCGAAAGAGUUUAAGGUGUGGAAGAACAACGCCGUUCCUCCCCCACAGACGUAUGUGACGGAGGAGAAGAAGAAAGGAGCUCCUGAUGGAAUGGACAUGGCCAUCAAAUGGUCCAGUGUGUACGAGGACAACGGAGAUGACGCCCCUCAAGCCCACGGUGGCCCCGCCCACUUCCUGCCAGAGGAGGAGGAGCCACAGCGGCCAGACUCCGAUGACGAUGAAUCAGAGAAGCAGCAGAAGUCUGCUAAGAAGCGUCGCGUGGAAACGUUCCAGCAGAAGGAAAAGAGAAAGCGGGACAUCGGACAGGCCACGUCAGAUAAGAGCUUUGUGGAAGAGGAGAAGCGAAUCCUGCGUCAGUGUAUCGAGUGAGGCGUGCGUUGAGAUGUGACCCGCUCCGUUUGAGUUAAUCCCUGAAUCUUUAGUCUGGGACAUUUUAAAUUAUUAUUCCAGUAACACGUCCAUGUAAAGAGGGUUUGUUUAAGACAUUUCCCUGCAGGUUGCUUUAAUGAUGUGUUUGUGUUUUGGACGUCAGUGUAAGUAUGAUUUCAGCUGUAAAUUUGUAGCUUGUAAAGGAACAUUCUCCACUGGUUUUGAGGUUUCCUGUAUAUUUCUAAUAAUUUGUAGCUUCUCAAAUGGAUAAAAUCCUUCUCUCUGA